GAGCGACGGAUCGGCCUCCGAACUUGCUUAUUUCUGCUGGAUGCUAGUUCGAACAAUCGCCUUUAUACCGGGCCAUUUUCGUUAGAUAGUUUCGAUCAGUCCUCACAAUCUACAGACCGAAUCAGUACAUCACUUGCCGCUAUCGUAAUGAGUGGGCACGCGUCAAAGUGUGGAAAUCGAACACUGUGUAUGUAUUAUUUGUCACCACUGGAAUUCUUUUUCUAUUGUUGCUGCGGAACCGAUUUUGAGGAUUGCGCUUAUACCGACGAUCCAGAGAUUCUCUCAUACGCAAGCAUCAAUGCAGAAGUGUGGAGGAGUCGGAGCGAGAUCCGGUCAUUCUACAAGCCCGAAGGAAAGGAAUUCGUAAAUAGGAGCGAUAUUUUCGGACGCCCAUGGCUCUACGAGAAAUUUAUUUAUAGCUUGCCAGUCGGUGGGCAUUAA